UGCAGGAGGUUUAAAGCUCUGGAUCUGGUGCUUUUGCUCCCGCUUCGUUCCCCUGCGAUGAUGGAGACGUUCCCGCCGAAAUUCAGCAAGGUGCUGGUGACACCCGACCCGCACUACAUCCCGGGGUAUGCAGGGUACUGCCCUCAGUUUAAAUAUCACCUGGGGAAAACAUACGGUCAGCUAACGUCCAGACUCCUCACCUCACCGGACAUCUCAAGAUCUCAGAGACUGGUACUGAACUCAGGACGUUUAACCCCCACGAAGACGGACACUGGGACGAGAGACGAGAUCUGGAGGACAGGAUCGGGACACAGCAGCCAACCAAUGAUACCCGGAUACACAGGGUUUGUUCCCAGACGUCAGAACUAUUUCUCGAAGACGUACGCAGAGACGUGUCGAGAUGCUCUGAGCGAGUUUGAUUCGAAUCAGAAAAGGAUUCGACUCACUUCAGUUGAUUCGCUAGCUGCUGUACACCACUCACUCCCGGACAUCAAGUCCCUGAGCCUGAGCGCCCCUCUUACACCCGUUUUAAAAGAAGCUGCUCCUUUUAAAUCUGUGAACUCCUGGAAGCCUCUUGGUUCUCCGUAUCUGAUGGACGACAGCAACCCUCACAAGUACUUUAUCUCAGGUUUUAGUGGCUACGUCCCUAAAUCCAGAGUCCUGUUCGGUACCAGUUAUCCCAUCACCACCAACAAGGCCCUGAUCCAUUUUGGGAAGGAGAUGAAGCAGGGGGGCACUGCCCUCAGCGUGAGAGAAGAGAGCGAUGACAGUCUGCCCCCGGUGCCAACCAUUUACCCUUCACAUCAGGGCCUGCUUCCCAAAUACACCGGCCACGUCCCAGGAUACAGGUUCAGAUACGGGCAGACGUUUGGGCAGCUCACCAGCAACACCCUGGCACUGAGUGGCACUGACCAGGAGCUGAAAUGCCAGAGAUGAGUCACGGACAGCAGCUGGUCUGAGACCAAAAUAUAUCAGCAAUUAAAGAAAAUCAGUGCA